UUUUAUAAAAAGGCAAUAAACGGCAAACUUCACACGUUUUUCUUUAUCUACCUAAUUUUGUCUUUAAUUUGUAAUUUUCUUUUUUAUGGUAAUUCUGAGUUUCAAAGGUUCUUGAUUGUUAAGAUCGAAAGCAAAGACCAAAAAAAGGAUAAAGAAGAAGUAGUGAUUGAUUGACAGACAGAUAGAAAUGGCAACAGAAAGCAAUCAAAACGUGGUGAAAGUGAAGCCAAGCAGUAGUAAUUUUGAUGGUUCCAAAGGAAAGACUGAAUCUUCGAUGAAAGCUAAGAAAAUUGAGAGCUCAAACAAACAACAACAACAAUCUGUUGUUGAUUCAAAGGAUAAAUCUAUCUCAGUUGUAACUAAAACUGAGGUAAAAUCAAAAUCAGCACCGAGUUCGUCAAAAACUACGACGACAACCACUACCACUAGAGUGAGACAGAAGAAAGUAUACUCCUUGCCAGGCCAGAGAUAUGAUCCUCCUGAAGAGAGAGAACCACUUAGGAUAUUCUACGAGUCUUUGUCUAAACAGAUUCCAACUAGUGAAAUGGCAGAAUUUUGGAUGAUGGAACAUGGCUUACUAUCCCCAGAGAGAGCCAAAAAGGCACAUGAGAAGAAACAGAGAAAGCAAAAAAUGCAACGAUUUGGAACUCCCAUUAAAUCUACCAAACCAUCCACUAGUAAACCUGAGAGUUCUCAAAAGCCGCAGCAGUCAUCAAAGAAUGGAGACCUUAAAGCCAAGAGGAAAAUCAGCAAUGACAGUGACGACGACAACUUUAUUUUAAGUUCGAAAAGGAGGAAAGGUUAGUCUUUGAUCUAGCAUUGAGGGGGUAAUAUGCAGACCUAAAGUUCUACAUCACUACUCUUUCCUUCCAGAUUGAACGGCUAAGUAUUCAUCCACGGACCAUGUACAGAAACUAAUGGCAGAGCAUGGAGAUUUUUUCCUCAGCAUUUACAGCACAGAGCUAUCUCUUUUUCUAACAAUGUGGUAGUCAUAAUUUAAAUGCCCGUGCACGGGCAAUACAUGUGACAGACAAGCGGUGAAUAAGCAUGAUUCAGACUGUUUUUCCAUAUCAGGCCACAAUACAUUUUGGAUCAGAUGAAUGUAAAGUUUCACUGGUCAAUAAAGACUCUGGAAACUGGUACUGUUUGAUUAUCUGAUCUGCAAUGGAAAUAUCUUGUGGCUUUGGUGAAAGAAUGGUCUGUAUUGUGUACUGUUUUCAAAUUUGCCACUGCGUUGCAUCAGGUAAAACAGGUUUUGAGUGCAUGAGAGAGUGAGCCAUGCUGAUUGUUAAUGAAUGUGCAGGGGAUAGUUCCUGAUUCCAGUAAACAAUCAUAAGUAAUCUUACAUGAUUGUAUCA